AUGCACGCCCAGGUCUGCAGAGGAGCCGGAGACCCGUGCCCAGCAAUGCUUCUGCCGAGACACCUGGAGGAAGCCCAGGAGCAAGAAGACCGUGCCCGCCACCAGCGGGGAGAUGAUCUUCUUAAAUAUACCAAUGCUGCUAAAUCUUUCAAUCAUGUGCUGCAUUUUGGUGACCAUGAUCGAAUGCAAAGGGGAGAAAAACUCUAUGAAUACAAGGAAUGCCAUCAAAUCUUCAACCCACAAUUGAGUGAAGAUCCAAGACUUCAUAAUGGAGAAAAUCAGUAUGAUUGCAAAGAAUAUGAGAAUAUAUUUUAUUUCUCUUCCUUUACAGAACAUCAAAAAAUUGGAACUGUAGAGAAAACACGUAAGUACAACGAAUGGGAGAAAGUCUUUGGGUACGACUCAUUCCUUGCUCAGCAUACAAGCGCUUAUGCUGCACAACAACCCUAUGGAUAUAAUGAAUGUGGAACGUCUUUCAUCUGGAGCUCUUACCUUAUCCAGCACAAGAAAACUAAUGGUGGAGAGAAGCCUAAAUGUGAUCAGUGUGGAAAAGUGUUUAGGAAUCGUUCAGCUCUUACUAAGCAUGAGCGGACUCACACUGGAAUAAAACCCUAUGAGUGUAAUAAGUGUGGGAAAACCUUCAGCUGGAAUUCUCAUCUAAUUGUAUACAAGAGAAUUCACACAGGAGAGAAACAUUACUUGUGUAAUGAAUGUGGCAAAUCUUUCAACUGGAACUCCCAUCUUAUUGGACAUCAAAGAACUCAUACUGGAGAGAAACCUUCUGAAUGUACAGAAUGUGGAUGUGGGAAGUCCUUCAGCUGGAGCUCCCACCUCAUUGCCCACCAGAGAACCCACAUGGGAGAAAAGCCCUAUGACUGUCAGGAAUGUGGCAAAGCCUUCAGAGAACGCUCAGCCCUCACUAAACAUGAGAUCAUUCAUUCUGGAAUUAAACCCUAUGAAUGCAACAAGUGUGGGAAAUCGUGCAGCCAGAUGGCCCACCUUGUUAGACAUCAGAGAACACACACGGGAGAAAAGCCCUAUGAGUGCAACAAGUGUGGGAAAUCUUUCAGCCAGAGCUGCCACCUUGUUGCUCAUCGAAGGAUUCACACUGGCGAGAAGCCUUACAAGUGUGGUCAGUGCGACAGGUUCUUUAACUGUAGUUCUCACCUCAUUGCACACCGGAGAACUCAUACUGGAGAGAAGCCCUAUAGAUGCAGCGACUGUGGGAAAGCCUUUAACGAGAGCUCCUCCCUUAUUGUGCAUCUGAGAAACCACACUGGAGAAAAGCCCUACAAAUGCACGCACUGUGAGAAGGCUUUCUGUAAGAAUUCUUCUCUUCUUAUCCACCAGAGAAUGCACAGUGGAGAAAGACACUUCAUUUGCAGUGACUGUGGAAAAGCCUUCAGCGGCCACUCAGCCCUUCUUCAGCACCAGAAAAUUCACAGUGGAGAGCACGUCUCUGAAUUGAGUUGAGAAAGGAUUUUUAUGUUACUGUACAUCCACUAACACUGAAAGCCCCUACAGAUGUUAACUGACAGG